AUGCCGUUCCCCGACACCAUCCCCGAGCUCCGCUCCUCGUGGAGUGCUGCGGUCGGAGUCUUGUUCUUCAAGCGGAUCUUCGAGAUUGCACCCGGAGCGCUCGAGCUAUUCUCCUUUCGGGACGUCCCCGCGCCCGAGCUCUACGAGUCGGCGAAGCUCAAGUCGCACGCGCUCAAGGUGAUGAACACGGUCGGCGUCGCCGUCUCAAUGCUCGACGACGUACCCGCUCUGCUGCCGGUGCUCGAGGGCCUCGGGAAGAAGCACGUCGACUACGGCGUCGUGCCGGCCCACUACGAGGUGGUCGGCCAGGCCCUCCUCGACACGCUCGCUCUCGGGCUCGGCGACGCCUUCACGCCGGAGCUGAAGGCUGCGUGGGCCGAGAUCUACGGCGUCGUCUCCUCCACGAUGAUCAAGGGCGCAAACAAGGUGCCCGCGCCGGCCUACACCGAGCACGGCAGCUACGCGACCCACUCCGGCGCCGACCUCGGCGCCAUCAAGGACUCGCAGGCCAACGCGGAGAGCUGGUAUACCUCCCCAGAUUGCAUGCCCCAGAGCGUGCGCUCGUGCGUCUCGUCGCUCAUGCCCACCAAAAGCGCCUAG